AUGCAUAAUUCAGACAGUUCUUCCAUUGAUAAUGAGUCCAAUUAAAUAGAAUAAGUCAAACGACGAUAAAUUUCUUAAUCAUAAUUACCUAAACUAAUGCAAACACCAUCAGAUUUAAAACCACCAACAAUAAACUCAUCAUUUAUCUGUCCAUCUCCAAUUACAGAACCUUUAAGAUCGUUCAUUUCUUAUAGAGAAAAUGGAUAAAAUCAUUUCGAUUAGAAUAGAAAAGCAUAGACAUUGAAUGUGAAUUCUGAAGGAAUUGAUAAUAAAAACGUUGACGAAUCAGGGACAAAGAAGUUAAAGAAAAGUUAAUUCAAUUAAGGAAUGCGAUCCUCACGUAAGUAGCCGCUUUAUUCUGAACUUAAUUUAACAGAGGCUGUCAGUAGAAACAUAUUUGAAAAGAAAUUUGUUAAACAAUUCGCGAAUACACUUCUUCAAAAAGCCUACAUAUAUCGAGAAAAUUAUUUUAAUGGCUACUAAAAAUAAUUAUUAAUUGAAAACUAUUUAGAAAAUAGCACUCAUUAUUCCAUUAAGGAUGAGAUGAAUAAAUAGUAAAUUCACCCUUUAUGUUUUCUUUUUUGGGAUAUAAUUGUGAUAAUUUGUAUUAUAAUGUUAUGUGUUUGGUUGCCAUUCAAAAUAAGUUUUUAAUAAGAAGCAAACAUUGCAUUUGAAAUAUUUGCAAUCCUAAUAAUUAUUUCAGAUUUGGCAAUAAAUUAUAUGAAACCUUAAAUUUAAGAAGGUAAAUUUGUAAACCUCAAAAUUAAGUAUAAAUUAUAAUUUAUUAAACGUCAAACUUUUGUAGACAUUUCGUAUCUAGUGGCAACAAUAUUAGCAUUGUACUUAUCUACAAAUUAUGUAUUAAUUUGGUGUAUUUUAUUAAUUAAAAUUUGUUUAGGAGUGUAGAAAUUGAAUUUCUUAAUAUUUAGAAUAAAUGAUUUUCUUCCAUUUGAUAUUGGCUGUUACAAAAUAUUUGUGAUUGUAUUAUAUGCAAUUCAUUCAUGUUCAUGUUUUUGGCAUUUCAUAGGAAUAGAAGAAUAAAACUCUUGGAUGAUGACUUUGAAUAUUUAGGAUGAGGAUGAAUGGACAAGAUAUUGUUAUUCUAUCUAUAUAAAUACAAGUUUGAUGUUAAAUGUUGGAUUAGGAUUAAUCCAUGUUAAAACAAAUAUAGAACUAAUUUAUUCAACAAUCAUUAUGUUUAUAUCCUGUUGGUUGAUUGCAAUUAUAAUCAAACACAUAGGAUUUAUGAUGAAGCAGCAAUACUAGAAUUAUAAUUAGACUUUAUCAUAGAUGAAAAUAAUGAAUAAUUUUUUAUCCAAAAGAGGAAUUACAUUGUAGAUGUAGGCCAGAAUCAGAAAUUAUAUGAGGUUCAUUUAAUCGUAGGGUAAUAAAGACGACUAGGUAAUAUUGUUAUAUACAUUUAGAUAAUUAGAUCUAAAUUUUGAUUUAAUAACUUUCACCAACACUUAAAGAAGAAUUAUUUCUAUAAAUGAGAAUUAAGGCUUUGUUUAAUUGUAAGUCUCUAUUCAAAUUUUCAAAGGAUACCCUUGAAAAUUUGACCUAAAUUAUGGAGUACGUUAAAUUUAAUCCAAAUGAACUUGUGAUUUAAAAGCACAAACAAGAUGAUUGUUCUUUGUAUAUUAUUGAUUCAGGUGAAAUCUCAAUACUUGACUAAAAUACUCAGUUGGCUAAUUUGGUUUCUGGAGAAUCUUUUGGCGAAUAUUCGUUUUUCUCAGGUCAAUUGAGAUAGGCUUCUGCCAAAGCUAAAGGUUUCGUUUCAUUGUAUAAGAUCUAAUAAGCAAAGUUUAUAUAAUUGAUCUAACAAAAUAAGAUCGAUCAUGAAAGAUAUUUCUUUAUUAGGCAUUCUUUCUUGAACCAACAAUUCAGUAUUCUAAAUAUGUGUUGUUACUCUUGUAGAGCCUCAGAUCAUUUAAUUUCUAAGUGUCCUAUUUGGAAAUAUACACCCGAUCUUGAAAAAGUAUACAAAUAAGACAACUAUAAUUAAUAAUAAAGAUCUAGCUUUUCUAGAACUCCAAAAGAUGUUAGAAAAGAUUUUAACAGAAUAUUUUUAAAAUUGAUCGUAAAAUCUUUAACAAUAUUUUUAGUAAAAUUACGAUGCACUUAAAAUAUUUAGAUUAAAAUAUGAUAUAAUAUAUGAUGAUGAUGAAGAUGAAGAUGAUGAUGACAUUUAAGAAGAUGAUUUGGAAUCAUGUUCUGAAUUAAGUGAUGAUUACUAAAGUGAUGAAGGCUAUUCUGAUAAUAGAAUAGUAGAUAAAUAGGAUGGGUAAAAUUUAAACAUAUUGUAGAACUAUUGUUAGCAUACUAAAACAAUAAGAUUAAGUCAAAGAAAAUUCUAAAGUUCUUCAAGACAUAUGUGAUGAAAAUGAUUAAAUGUUUAUUAUAAGACCUAACAACUAAAAAGGAACACUAAGCACAGCUCAAUUCUAAUAUUAAGCAGAUUUCUAAUAACAGCAACAAUAGCUAUAUAAGUUUUCUUUAGUACCACAAGAACCAUAAAAAAUGAGAAGAACAUCAACACCUUAAGACCCUUUGUAACCUUCGUAAUUGAUACAAACAGCUACUUCUUCAUAAUUAAUUGCUAAUGAAGUCCCUAUUCCUUCUGUCAAAAGAAUUAAGAAUACUCCCCAUCUUACAUUUAAAGGAGAUACAGAUAGUUAGUAAAGUCAAAAACAAUCAUAAAGAUUAAGAAAUAACACAAAAACAAGGCCAUAAAGCAAUAUUGUCGAUAAAAUGAAGAAGAACCUGUCAAGAAUAAGGGAAGAAGAUUCUGACACUUUAAACUUAUCAAACAGACAACAUUCUGAUGACCAAACCAGUUCUCCAUAUGGAAGACAGUUGGGAAGGCAAAGCUAAAGUUCUUCAUAGGUUAGAUAAUCAAUGAAAAGAUUUUCAUCAAAAUUGUCAACUAUCCCUUUACGUCAAGGGACAAUUACUUAAUUCAGAUCAACUGUUAGUCCAAUAAUUAGAUCAAAUAUUCGCAUACCAACUGGAGUGGGUAUGGUUGAUUUAAGUAUGUAUAAAAGAGCGGAUCAGCAAUCUGAAGAAUUUGAGAGGAUGUACUCUUACAAUCUAUAUUACCCUGUUGAUAACUAUUAAAAUGUGAUAAACAGAUUAAACUUAUUUUUAAAGUGGAGAUUAUCAAGAUUCAAUCCAUCAAAAUAUACCUUUGUUUUUACUGUGAAGCGAAUAGUGAACAAAUUUAAAAAGCCUACAAAGCUGGAACUAUAAUCACAUUGA